CUUCGCAAUUUGGCGUGUUUUCCUAUUCUGAUGCGAAGGCGACCUUUGUGAUUGGUGUACGCCUCCUUUCCAACUCCAGCCACCUCCGAGAUCCAUCCAUCUCCAUACCAAAACACCCCUUUCCCAUCACCUCGAUGUCGCGACACGGAAUGCCCGAUCGAGGCAGCCUGACUGCACACUUCUCGUCCAAACGCGCUUCCUCCGCUCCUUCAUCGGCCUCCACACGCUCUGCCGACCUCAGGCACCCGAGUGGACGUGGCCUCCCACGAUUCCGCCAACCAUACCGAUCUUCACCAUACCGAUCUUCAUGACAACUCGAAAGCCAACGCCAAGGUCAAUGCCCAUGUGGACGAGAAUGCCUCUUCAUUCGUGCAAAGUGGCGUGGCAUGAAAGAAGAAGCAAUACAUGACUUGGGCAAAAAGAAUUCCAUUCCAUUCUCGGCGUUGAACUUCCAUGACUUCCACUCCCCACGAGUGUUGACAAGAACAAGCACAGUGUAGAACAUGCACAGUUCUGAUUCACUUUUCCCUUUGUGUCUGAAACAGUUUGCUCAGUUGACUGCAGCAGCAAACUCUUCCCCAGUCUUUGAAGAAAAAGAAAAGAAUCUUUCCUUUCGCCUCUUCUUCGCAACCACCCAACCUCUCCCACAAAGCAAAGCAGCGCUCGAACUCCACCUCACGAAUCAUGAACAUCAAAACCCAUCGCCAAUCCAACGCCAACACCCACAACCCAACCCCAAACAUGACAGGAGCACCACAGCAGCCAACAAUCCGCCUCAAACCCUUCUACCGCAACUUCUUCAUCCCCAUCCUCACUCUCCUCUUCUCUUUCCGCUAUACCGACGAAGACAUCCUUUCGAAAUUGAGGAAAAUCUCCAAGAAACGAUACUGCUGGGGUUUGUGGCAAGGCUUCGAAGUCGAAGAACAGCUCUGUUUGGCGGGAAAUCGGCACGGUUGUAGGCGGUGGAGGAGUUUGGACAUGUUCUCGCCGCCGCUGCAGAAGUGUGAUGAGUGUCGGAAGGUGGUGAGGGCGAAGAGGAGGCUGGGAGGGAGGAAGAAGAUGGUUAUGGUUAUCGUCAUGCUCAUUCUGGUUUUGGGGGCGACUUGGUGGAUGAUGAGUUGGCGGGAAGAUGUGGUCCUCCGAUUGGAGAAGGAAGGAGAGAAAGAGGUGCUAGAAAAAGGAAAGGAAAUGUGCAAGGGAAAGGGCUGUGAGAAGGAAAGGGAGUGGGAGGCGGUGACGAGAACAGCCACGGACACGAAUUGGGCGACGACAAGAUGUGAUGGCACUGAUUCGGCGGGUCGGCGCACUUCGACGAUUUGUGUGAGUGCUCUUUCGACUACGACUGUGGAGUCGUUUUACAUUUGAUAGACGGAAGUGGCGGAGAUCCAGAAUUCGGCACGCCGACUUUUAUACCAUCCCG